AUGAUGGGCCUACAGCGCAUGGUGCUGGUCAACUGCGCAGGCCAGCAGUACAUGCUCGAAUGGCCCCCCUCCUUUGAAAAAUGUAUAACUGCCGUCUACGAAAAACUCCACAUCCCACAAUCCACUCACUGGGUUCACAUUUCUGUGCCCAUUGCUGAGGCGGGUGCCCUAAUGGCGUACUACCCCUUUGCUCCAACACAAGGAACCAUUGGAAUCGUCGAUGACUCAACCUACCACCUGGCGUGUUCAGGCAAGAUGCUCAUCCAAUUGGUCGUCACAGUUGUCCCCAAGGAUGGAGGAAAAGCUAUGAUUGCUGCUGCAGCGGCAGGUGGCGGGGCUGCUGCCUCUGCUGUUGCACCCCCAAAACCCGCGGAGCCCAAAAUCGUGGCAGCGAAACAGAACCUCUCAUGUGACACUAUCGCUGGAAAGACGCUGGCUGUUGAAGCAAAAAUUUCUGGGGAACUUGGAAAGGGACCACCAGCUGGAGAAUACCUUGGUUUCAUGACCAUUGAGCCGUCAACGUUGUCGCAAAAGUUCAAGGGCUGGCAGCUCCCAGAAAACCAAAUCUUCACUCAUUGGACGGUGGCCGAUAAAAACACGGCUCGUGUCAUUUUCCGGCCCCGUUCGGCACGUCCACAGAUUGAGGUUUACUCUGCAGAAGAUCGAAGCCUGGAGGUAUCGGUCCAGGUGAAAGGCUGGCAGAUUCUGCAGGCGUACCCUACAGCCCCAUUGAAAGGCAGCGCGCUCAAGUGGUUCCUCCGUGUCAAGCCCAGCGGGGUUGUGGUGGAUCUCCUCACUGGCAUGGAAGCAGGUGGCCUGUACUACGAAAUGAUUCCUAGUCCUGUCAAGGAUAAGCCAAAAGAUCCUAAACCCACAGACCCACUGAUACCAGCCUACCCCGACGUCAGCCCCAAGACUGCCCACGUUCUUCCGCUGGCGCUGUUCUUGCCACACAUGGAGAGUGUCCUCAAAGAAGUCGGUCUGCCACCCGAGGCACGCAGUCAGAUGAUCUCGAGUUGGCUUCCUUCCCUUGGAAAAGCCAAGCAUGUCGCGUAUAGAAUUCUCAGCAGGGAUCAGAUUGAGCCAUCGGUCUCAAUCACCAUGCUUCCCAAGCCACAAGUCCACAUCCGCGUCUAUGUUCUGUAUCGCAUCAUACCUGACUCUGAGAUGAAGGACUGGAAAGAGCGCACGGUUGACCGGGCCGAUAUUGGUCUCGACUGGCGCUACCACGUUGGAUACUCGAACCAAAUGAGAGACGAGAGACUGUUCCGUGUCGUUGAGUAUGGCUCUCUUGAAGUCCAUUAG